UGAACUUCAUAUCCCAGCAGGCUUUGCGCUCCACGAGGAGUAGGACCAGUACGGUGUAGGACUACCUUGUCUGUCGACCUUGAAUUUUGUUAAGCAACAUGGCGAGCAAGGAGCCCAAUCGCUUCCUUCAGCACCUGAGGGAUCUGACUAGUCGGAUGUCUUCAUCUGGUGGCAAAGGGGCAGGACUAGGGCUGAAACUUAUGCUUGGAGCUGGAGCUUUGGUAUAUGGCCUUAAAGAAGCCAUGUACACAGUGGAGGGUGGCCACAGAGCCAUUGUCUUCAACAGGGUUGGAGGGAUGCAGAUGGACACUAUUCUGGCUGAGGGGCUUCAUUUCAGGAUCCCAUGGUUCCAGUACCCUAUCAUCUAUGAUAUCAGGGCUAAGCCCAGGAAAAUUUCAUCUUUGACUGGGAGCAAAGAUCUGCAGAUGGUGAACAUAGCUGUGCGGGUACUGUCCCGACCCAUGGCAUCCAACUUGCCGAUCAUGUACCAGCAGCUGGGGAAAGACUACGAUGAGAGAGUUCUGCCUUCUAUUGUCAACGAGGUUCUGAAGUCUGUGGUGGCAAAGUUUAACGCCUCGCAGCUCAUCACGCAGAGAGCACAGGUAUCCCUGCUGGUGCGUCGGGAGCUUUUUGAGAGAGCCAAAGACUUCAACAUCAUUCUGGAUGAUGUGGCCAUCACUGAGCUGAGCUUCAGCAGCCAGUAUACUGCUGCUGUGGAGGCCAAGCAAGUUGCCCAGCAGGAGGCCCAAAGAGCACAGUUCUAUGUGGAGAAAGCCAAACAGGAUCAGAGACAGAAGAUCAUCCAGGCAGAGGGAGAGGCUGAAGCUGCUAAAAUGUUGGGUCAAGCUGUGACGAAGAACCCUGGUUACCUGAAGCUGAGGAGAAUCAGAGCAGCACAGAACAUCGCUAAGACGGUGGCAUCGUCUCAGAACAAGGUUUACCUUAAUGCUGACAGUCUGGUCCUGAAUCUACAAGAUCAGACAUUUUUCAACAAUUUAUCCGCCAUGCAGAAGAAAUGAAGGAAACAGUGACCGUCAUCUGCUUCAAAAAAAAGUUUUUGUUUAGCUUGUGGCACAGAAAUGUCAACAUACAUGACUCUGGACAUUGAUGACUGAACUGUGAACAAGAAAGCAAUGUCCUUUUUUUUAUUUGCUUCUUUCUGAGAUCUGGGAUUGGCUUUUGUUAUCUCCGAAUUAUGUUGAUCAGUUGGAGUUGAGGAAUUACGCAAUGACCUCUCAGAAUGUAAAAACCUGUGGUUUUAGCUCCACAUCCAAGAAAUCAGUAACACAUUUGUCAAAUUGAAAAUACAACAUGAACAUGGUGUGAGAAUUUUAUGUUUUAGAUCAUUUUCCAUCAGGAUGGGGUUUAUGUUAAAGAAAUUUCACUGUUGUAUUUGGUUUUUAGUUAAUUUAGCUGCAUUUUGUCCUCCCAAAGUUAUCCAUGUAAUCAGAAACUGUUCAGUGAAAUCCGAUCUUUAUGUCAGUAUUUGGCAGGGCUCUAUUCUUCUAUCUCUGUCGAGCUGAUGCAACAGAUGUUUAAUUUUCUGUGUGAAUUGAUACAAUAAACCUAAAUUAUGCAGCCA